AUGUUGAACCGUUUUAAAUCAGCAUUCAUUAAUGCCGUUAAUGGUAGUGAGCUUGGUUUACAAGAUAGUAAUCAUUUAGAAAAUGAAGUUUCUGUAGAUUAUAAUAAUGUCAUUGAAGUUGAAGCUAAGCCAUACAGUCGACCAAGUUUUCUAGGUCUAACCCAGGAAGAAACACAGGUCAGUGCUGAUCACAAAGUAAGGCCUAUUAUUGUUCCAAGAGAUUUAAGUCGUUUGCCAUGGUGUGCUGGAUAUGCAGAAUGUAUUAAUGCUGGUAAAUCAACAUGGAAUGAAGAUCAAGCAGCAGCAACAAGAGGAGAUCUUCAGCUACCUGAUAGUGAUAUAACUUUGCCUUAUAUUAUGUUUUCCAUAUUUGAUGGACAUGCUGGAUACCAAGUUGCUCUCACAUCUAGACUACAUCUUCAUCGAAUUAUUUUAGAAAAAUUACAAGCUAUACCUGGCCAUAUGUUGCUUAAUGAUAGUGAAGAAAAUUUUAUAAAUGCCAAAGAUUUAGUAACUGGAGCUAUUGAAUUGGCAUACCGACAAAUGGAUCACAUAGUAGAACAUCAAGCUCAAAAUGGUGGUGGUGGAUGUACAGCAAUUACAAUAUUAUUUUUAAAUGGUAAUCUUUAUGCUGCUGGAGCUGGUGAUUCAAGAGCUGUGCUUGUUUAUGGUGAUGAUCAACGUGCCAUCACAACUGAUCAUACACCAGAUUCAGAAUCAGAUCGUGUACGAGCACUUGGUUCAUUGAAAGCAAGUGAAUUAUUAAAAUCACAUUUUACACCAUUAGAAUUUAGAAAACGUCCAGUUCCAAAAGAACUAGGUAGUAUGGUUUUGUAUAGAGAGCCAUUUAUGACUGGUUGGGCAUAUAAAAUAUUGACACAUGUAGAUUUACGUAUGCCUCUUGUAUCUGGUCAUGGAAAAAGAAGUCGUGUAAUGGGUACCAUUGGUGUUACUCGAGGUUUUGGUGAUCAUGGACUUAAAGCAGCUAAUACUGGCCUAAAUAUAAAACCAUUUUUAUUAUCAAAACCAGAAAUACAAUGUAUUAAACUUGAAGACUAUGAACUUACUGAGAGAGAUUGCAUUAUUAUUGCAACUGAUGGAUUAUGGGAUGUUGUUUCAGACAAAGAUGCAGGUAGUAUUCUUAGAAAAAUACUUGCACCUGAUACACCAUCUUUAGAGUAUAGACUGACAAUGGCUGCUCAAGAAUUAGUACAAGCAGCAAGAGGACGAUUGAUUGGAAGAAUUUGGCGAGGUAAACCUGAAAACCCAGAAGAAACUGAUGAUCGAUAUGUACCAAUGGCAUCUGUUGAUGAUAUCAGUGUCACUGUUAUUCCAAUUUAUCCAUAUUUAUGUGAACAUAAACAAUGGGUAAAAACAAAUUUACAAGAAAGAAGAUAUUCUAAUGAUGGAUCAGUUGCAUCGACAAAUAAUUCUACUUAACAUUAUUAUUAUUAAUAAUAUUAUUUCAACUUUUUUUUAAAAUUUUUAAUUUAAAACAAAGAAAUCAGUAAAAUCCAUCACAUUGCCAAAUAAUUAAAUUUUAUGAAAAUGAAACAAACAGUAAGAUAUAUUGCUUAACAAUAGUUUAAAAAUUCUUGCAUUCAAUAGUCUACAAAAAAAAGUGUGAUUUAUAAAAUGAAUUUUCAUCCAUAUUACAUUCCAUUUUACAUUUAUCAAUUUAAUAUAUUAAUUUAGAACCAAAAAAUAUGUUAAUGAAUGCCUUUUUUUAUUUUUUUUCUUGGCAGCAUAAUUAUUAUUUCAUAGAUAAUAAAUAAUUGAAAAAUUAUUAAAUAUGGUUUUCAUAAGCUAAAUUAUUUACGUCGGUUAACUUGUAAAGCACGACUAUAUAUAUGAUUGAUUAAAUAUGUAAAUAUUAAAAAUACAAAUAUGAUAUUUUAUUUUUCAACAAUAAGAAAUAAAAAUAAAUAAUUAAAAUUGUUUUUAUUAUAUAUAAAAAAAAAAAAGUAGUAGUAUAAAAAAAGCACACUAAAAA